UGUGCAAAAGCACUCGUCCUCAAUCUCUCUGUCUGAUGGCGAUUGGAUGAUGGUCGAGAACAGCUGUCUCCAAUUCACCGUCAAAUUGCUUCGUCACCCAAGUCUGCACGCUAGUAUCAUUUAUAUCCUCUCAUUAAUUCGUGCGGUAUAUAUUUUCUGUUUCCUCCUCCGAGCUUUCCGAUCUCCCUCUUUGGUCCCUCCCGCGUUCACUUAUUGUCAUCCGCCGGAUCGAGAGGUUGUUGGGGGCUUUCUUGCUGGAAGAAGAGCUCGAGGGAGUGGAAAGAUUUGAUCUUUCUUCCUCCCUUUCGGUGUUUCUGGGUUGAUCGAGUAGAAAACGCUUGUUCUGGAGGGGGAAAAAGGUCUGUGCUUUUGGGAGAAAAGUGCGAUAAUUCUUGCGUUUUCUGCUGGGUUGACGGUCCGGCCGUAAGGAACGUGUUUUGCUUGGGCUUUUCGGCUAAGAAAAGGGUGUACUUUGGUGUUUUUGAUUUCCUCCCUCCUGGAUUUACUCCUUUUUCUUCCUUUUUGGAGCUGUGAGCUGUUUGGUGGCAUUUGCGGAAGAAAAGCGAGGGGGGGUUCGAGCUUGGGAAGCUAUUAUCUCUAGAUAAUCUUUGGCAGUGUUUUUUUGGACUCAGGAAUUGGAGUCCUCUUCGGGGACGGAAGGCAGAUAGAUAAAGAGAAAGAAAGAAACGGUGAAGAAAAAACCCUUUUCUGCUCGGCACCACCGCGCCUCCCGGGCCUCAAAACGAAGAUUUAUGCGUUCCAAAAUGCUUGCUUUUACUGCUUGGAAGACGAUCUGAUAAAUGAAGUAAAGAAGCGAAAAUGGAGUUCUCUUCAGUCCUGUAGGCUCCAAAAGCACCGUUUUUUAUCAGUAUUCUUGCCCUUGGAAAGAGGUUCGAGUUCUUGAGCCGCUUUGGAGGAAGCAGAGGGAGCUCAUUUCGGGAAGACGAUAAGAUGCUGAUCAGAUAACCACUUCUGGAAGACAUGGGGAAGUAAUACUUCAAAGAACAAUGGAUCCACAAACUUUUGUCCGAUUGUCAAUUGGAUCCCUGGGACUUAGAUUUUCAGUGGAUGCUUUAAAGGCUAGGCGAGGCGCAGUACAUGCAUAUUCUAAAUGCUUCUGUGAGAUCCGCCUGAGGGGUUUUCCCAUUCAAACAGCACCUGUGCCUUUGAUAUCAUCCCCUGAAGCCAGUCCAGAUCCUGACAGCAAUGUUAUACUCUUCUAUCUUGAAGAGUCUGAUGUCAAAGCACUUGCACUUCCACGAUGUUUCAGGACUUCUCAAGCGUAUCUUGAUAUUGUGGUGUACAUGGGGAGGCAGAGUUCACAUUGUGGUGUCACAGGUAGAAAGCAGCAAAUUGGGAGUCUCAGGUUAGAAAUAGGUCCUGAGUGGGGUUUGGAGAAACCAGCAUUGCUUCACAAUGGUUGGAUGCAUAUUGGGCAGAACAAACGAGAAGCAGAGAAACAUGGACCAGAGCUUCAUUUAAAGGUGAAGCUUGACCCUGACCUAAGAUAUGUUUUUAAAUUUGAAGAUGAAACUACCUUGAGUCCACAAAUAGUUCAGCUACAGGGUACCAUUAAGCAACCCAUAUUCAGCUGCAAGUUCAUCCAAGACAGACGAACAUCUCCACUGGAUAUGAUUAGUGGCCACUGGACAAACUCAAACACUGAAAACCAUGAUGCUGAAAGGAGGGAAAGGAAAGGCUGGAAGGUUAUGAUCCAUGAUCUCUCUGGCUCUGCUGUAGCAGCUGCCUUCAUGGCAACUCCAUUUGUCCCAUCCAUGGGAUGUGACAGGGUCGCUCGUUCCAAUCCAGGUGCUUGGCUCAUCCUCCGUCCUGACCCCGUCAGCUCCUCGGAGAGCUGGCAUCCAUGGGGUCGACUUGAGGCAUGGAGAGAGACUGGACCACGGGAUACCGUGUGCCUCCGCCUCCACAUUCUUCCCGAAGGCCAGGAUGCUGGGAUCCUUGUUUCUGAUGUGGCAAUAAGCUCUGAUAAGGGAGGAGAGUUUUACAUAGAUAUGGAUAGGCAGAUGCCUGUUGGCAUUCCUGUGGGAAAACCACAAGGCAGCACAGGCGAGUUCUGCUCAGCAUCUUUGGCCCCCAGGGUUGGUAGAUUUGUGAUGAACUGUAAGGUGCAGGGAGAAGGGCAGUGCAGCAAACCACUGGUUCAACUUGCAGUGCAGCAUGUGACAUGCGUGGAGGAUGCAGCUAUCUUCAUGGCUCUUGCAGCUGCUGUAGAUCUUAGCAUAAAAGCAUGCAGGCCCUUUGGAAGGAAGUCCAAGAAAAAAGGGAUUUUCCAUUCUUUCCCAACAUUACAGGGAUAACUUUUCUGGUGGUCUAAUGAUGAUUGCUACAUUCCAUCCACUGCAUGUUUUCUUUGGAAUCACAUUGCUUCGAAGGACUGUUCUCCUGUAUCAUACCUUUGUGAUGUAUCAGAAAUAACUUUUGGGCAGCUGUUGUUUGACAUCCUCAAAUAAUCCUGAUCAAUGUUGUGAACUUUCGAUGGAGAAUUUAAUAUUUAUGGUCUAGUGCAGGUUAUAAUA